UACUCCGCCGCUCUUUUUGUAUCUGCGUCUCGGUGUACGGUACAAUAACCAUACGAACCCUUAGGGGCAUAAUCACGGAACUUGAUUUCCACCUCCUCCUGCGGCUGCUUUCCCCGGCUUCCUUUGAGUCAUUAGGGAAGUUCACAUAUCCCUCGCCCUCCCGUUGAUACCCGGCCGAGAUGCUGCGCACUUCGCUCCGGGCGCUGCAGGGCGCCGCGGCGUCGUCGUCGUCACGAUGCUUCUCGACAGCCACCCUCUCGGCGCGCGCCGCCCUGCGGCUCGCUGCCAACCGCCGUCCCCUCGCCGUCGGUGCCCAAAAACGCUUCGAGAGCGCACUCCACAACCCGCCCGACCCGAACGACAGCUUCCUCCAGGGGAACACGGCCAACUAUAUCGACGAGAUGUACCUGCAGUGGAAGCAGGACCCUAAGAGCGUCCACGUGUCGUGGCAGGUCUACUUCAAGAACAUGGAGAGCGGCGAGAUGCCCAUCUCGCAGGCCUUCACCCCGCCCCCGUCCCUCGUGCCCAGCACCCAGGCUGUCGUUGGCCUCGCCGCUGGCGCCGGUGUCGGCAUUGGCGAGGGCGCCGACAUCACCAACCAUCUCAAGGUCCAGCUCCUCGUGCGCGCCUACCAGGCCCGCGGCCACCACAAGUCCAAGAUCGAUCCCCUGGGCAUCCGCAAUGCCUCCAAGGGCUUCGGCAACAUCCGGCCGAAGGAGCUCGAGCUCGACUACUACCAAUUCACCGAGAAGGACCUGGACACCGAGUACACCCUGGGCCCCGGCAUCCUGCCGCGUUUCAAGCGCGACGGCCGCGAGAAGAUGACCCUCCGCGAGAUCAUCGCCGCCUGCGAGAAGAUCUACUGCGGCUCCUACGGCGUCGAGUUCAUCCACAUCCCCGACAGGGAGAAGUGCGACUGGCUGCGCGAGCGUCUCGAGGUGCCGCAGCCCUUCAAGUACUCCAUCGACGAGAAGCGCCGCAUCCUCGACCGCCUGAUCUGGAGCUCCAGCUUCGAGGCCUUCCUGGCCACCAAGUACCCCAACGACAAGAGGUUCGGCCUGGAAGGCUGCGAGAGCUUGGUGCCCGGCAUGAAGGCGCUCAUCGACCGCAGCGUCGACUACGGCGUCAAGGACAUCGUCAUCGGCAUGCCCCACCGCGGCCGUCUGAACGUGCUGAGCAACGUCGUCAGGAAACCCAACGAGUCCAUCUUCAGCGAGUUCGCCGGUACUGCCGGCGCCGAGGACGAGGGCUCCGGCGACGUCAAGUACCACCUGGGCAUGAACUUUGAGCGCCCGACCCCCUCCGGAAAGCGCGUGCAGCUGUCCCUGGUGGCCAACCCGUCGCAUCUCGAGGCCGAGGACCCCGUCGUCCUCGGCAAGGUCCGCGCCAUCCAGCACUACAACAACGACGAGACCACCCACCGCAGCGCCAUGGCCGUGCUGUUGCACGGCGAUGCCGCCUUCGCUGCCCAGGGCGUCGUCUACGAGUGUCUCGGCUUCCACUCGCUGCCGGCCUUCUCGACUGGCGGCACGAUCCAUCUCGUGGUUAACAACCAGAUCGGCUUCACCACGGAUCCCCGCUUCGCCCGCUCGACCGCCUACUGCACCGACAUCGCCAAGGCGAUCGACGCCCCUGUCUUCCACGUCAACGCCGACGACGUCGAGGCUGUCAACUUCGUCUGCCAGUUGGCCUCCGACUGGCGCGCCGAGUUCAAGCAGGAUGUCAUCAUCGACCUGGUCUGCUACCGCAAGCACGGCCACAACGAGACCGACCAGCCGUCCUUCACCCAGCCGCUCAUGUACAAGCGCAUCCAGGAGAAGAAAUCGCAGAUCGACAUCUACGUCGACCAGCUCCUGAAGGAGGGCACCUUCACCAAGGAGGACAUCGAGGAGCACAAGCAGUGGGUGUGGGGCAUGCUGGAGGAGAGCUUCUCCAAGUCCAAGGACUACCAGCCGACCUCCAAGGAGUGGACCACCAGCGCCUGGAACGGCUUCAAGUCGCCCAAGGAGCUGGCCACCGAGGUGCUGCCGCACAACCCGACCGGCGUCGACCGGAAGACUCUGGAGCACAUCGGCGAGGUCAUCGGCCGCGCGCCCGAGGGCUUCAACCUGCACCGCAACCUGAAGCGCAUCCUCGCCAACCGGACCAAGUCGGUCCUCGAGGGCAAGAACAUCGACUGGUCGACCGCCGAGGCGCUGGCCUUCGGCAGCAUGGUGACCGAGGGCCGCCACGUCCGCGUUUCCGGCCAGGACGUCGAGCGCGGCACCUUCUCGCAGCGCCACGCCGUCUUCCACGACCAGGAGACCGAGGACACGUACACGCCGCUCCAGCACAUCAGCAAGGACCAGGGCAAGUUUGUCAUCUCCAACUCGUCGCUCAGCGAGUACGGCGCUCUCGGCUUCGAGUACGGCUACUCGCUGACGGACCCCAACGGCUUCGUCAUGUGGGAGGCCCAGUUCGGCGACUUUGCCAACAACGCGCAGUGCAUCAUCGACCAGUUCAUCGCCUCCGGCGAGCAAAAGUGGGUGCAGCGCACCGGCCUGGUCAUGUCGCUGCCCCACGGCUACGACGGCCAGGGUCCCGAGCACUCGUCCGGCCGCCUGGAGCGCUUCCUCCAGCUCUGCAACGAGGAUUCUCGCGUCUUCCCCUCGCCCGAGAAGCUGCACCGCCAGCACCAGGACUGCAACAUGCAGGUUGCCUACAUGACCACGCCCGCCAACCUGUUCCACAUCCUCCGCCGCCAGAUGAACCGGCAAUUCCGGAAGCCCCUCAUCCUGUUCUUCUCUAAGGCGCUGCUCCGCCACCCGCUGGCCCGCUCCAACAUCGAGGAGUUCACCGGCGACUCGCAAUUCCGGUGGAUCAUCCCCGACCCGGCGCACGAGUCGGGCGAGAUCAAGGCGCCCGAGGAGAUCGACCGGGUCAUCCUGUGCUCGGGCCAGGUGUACGCGGCGCUGCACAAGUACCGCGCCGACCACAAGAUCGACGACGUCGCCUUCACGCGCAUCGAGCAGCUCCACCCCUUCCCGUGGGAGCAGCUGCGCGAGAACCUGGACCGGUACCCCAACGCCAAGACCAUCGUCUGGGCCCAGGAGGAGCCGCUCAACGCGGGCGCCUGGAGCUACACGCAGCCGCGCAUCGAGACGCUGCUCAACCAGACCAAGUACCACGACCGCAAGCAUGUCAUGUACGCCGGCCGCAACCCGAGCGCGUCCGUGGCCACCGGCCUGAAGGCGUCGCACAAGAAGGAGGAGGAGGACCUGUUGGAAAUGGCCUUCACCGUGAAGCAGGACAAGCUGAAGGGCGAGUAGAACGCGACGCGACGUGACGGACGCGCUGGUUGUCUCGUUUCCCUCGUUGUAUCAUCAUUUCUUGCAUCGAUUGAAAUCCAUACAUAGACUACGGGCAGGGAGAAUCAUCAUUAGUCCUUUCUUUUCCUUUGUCGCUCUCUCUCUCUCAUGAUGAUGUCUCCGUUCGAUUGGGGUAUGGUACUCUCUUGGCUGGGUAGUAGUUAUCUUCUCGGCUUCGAGAACAGGGAAGCAUGUAUGUACAAAAUUUGAACUCAAUGG